AUGGUUGCCCUCAGCCACACUCGUAGCCCCAAGCAGGCUAUGCUGCCAGCGCCCGGCGCCUUGGCCCGAUCCGCCUUGUCUUCCACGCCCGCUCCCUUGCUAACCUCACAUCCUUCUUCAUCGCAAACACCCAGGGCAACUCCGGUCGAGUCUCCACACCCGCCAGCUUCUGCCCCCGUGUCAACUGUCGACUCUGGGCCUUCGGCAUCAACUGCGACCACUUCCGCCGCGACUGGUGGUGCAUCCUCCGCACUGACGUCAGGGAAAACACAAACUGUUUUCAUACACAAACUCUACGACAUGUUGGAGGACCCAUCGUUGUCGCAUCUUAUUUGGUGGUCGCCUUCCAAUGACUCCUUCUUUCUCUAUCCCGGUGAAGAGUUCUCAAACGUUUUGGCGCAGUACUUCAAGCAUACCAAUAUUGCCUCCUUCAUUCGCCAGUUAAACAUGUACGGCUUCCACAAAGUCAACGACAACUUCCAGAGCGAAGAAAAGCAAUCCACCAAUGUUUCAAGCAAUACAGCUGGUGGUCUGGCUCCGAACCAGGCUACACGUUGGGAAUUCCGCCAUUCCACAAACCAGUUUCGCAAAGGUGACAUUCAGUCUCUCAGUUCCAUCAAACGGAAAUCAUCCAAAGUGAUCAACUCUCAAAAAGAAAUUGUAAAUUUGAAAACAAUCCCUCCCACAUCUUCUGCUAACCUUGAUGACCAGAAACCGGAACAGCAAUAUCACCAAGCAAUGUACCAGCAGCUGGUUGACCAAAUGCACGGCAGUCCAAGCCUACCCCACCAGUCCCUCUCGCCCUCAGUACCGAUCUAUGCGCCACCCAUGAUUGCUCACCACACAUACCCUCCUUUGUACAUGAAUGGAGUCCCAUCCUCAAAUGUUCCCCAUUCGCCUAACUCACCUCCUUUCCCUGAUCAUGGUGGCAUUUCGCCUUCUAACAUGGGUCAACCCUCGUGGCAACAGUCGUUGCUGCAACCGCAACUGCGACUGUCCUCUUUACAGAAUCCUCCAUUGAAUAUGGAACAGUCAAUGAACCUUAAGCUAAUCGAAAUGACAAACUCCAUUAACAACUUGAAACAAGGGUAUUCGGAUUUAUCCUCUCGAUAUGAAGUGUUGCAAGCGUUGUACCACCGUAGCCAAUCUGACCUCCUACGAUUGACUGAAAUCUUCGAAAAGAACAUGCGGGGGCCUGAACCAGAACCGCGCGCACCUAAAGACAAUGACCAUUUCGACAGAAGCAAAACGAAAACUCCCGUUGAUAAAAUGACAACUCCUGGUGUUGAUACUGGUAUGUCUCCAAUGACAGUGAAGCCUGGUUCCAAAUAUUCCGAAUUGGAAGCAUUUAAGCAACAAUUACAGGAUAAUAUCAAUCGGCCUCCAACAUAUAUUCCACAGCAACGGCAUAACCAGCCGCAAGGGAGUUAUCACUUAAAUGAUACUCUGGGAGUUUCAAAGGUUCCUUUUAAUGUUGUUCCUCAGCACUACCCAAUCAACCCAAACUACACAUUGUACAAUAAGAAUCCAGAAAUACCUGGUUCUAGACAAUUCAAUUUCAAUGCAGAGGACUUGAAAAAACCUCAAGCACCAAUUCCAAUGGUAUCGAGACAUGUUUCUGUUUUGAUGGAUCCUCUCCAGCCUCUAUCUGGAAGAAAUCCCGUAAAACCUGAAGAGUCUCUGGUGAGUUCAACAUCUGCUAAACUGAAGGAAAAAGCUCCUGCUGAGACCUCGGCCCCUCAAUUCGUCCAAAAAUAUCAACCUGUUGCUUUCCAUCAAGCACCUAUGCAUGCUUAUUACCAACAUAUUCAUUCGGGUCUCCCGAAUCAGCAGAGGACGGUUUCACUACCUAUUCUUGAGAAGCUGAUGCCUUCGAAUCAAAAUGUGCAACAGAGACAUUCUACGACCACUAUUUUACCAAAUGAAACUAUUUCACGUUCAGAGGACGCUGAAGACAGGGGCCUUAUGUUUCCCAGAACACAAGUACUGGCAAACAGUAACAUAAACUCGCAGAUAACUUCAAAAGAUCAUAUUGGCGGUGAACCCAAUCAGGUGCCACAGUCUCCUAGAGAAAGAGCAGUCGGUAAAAAUCAGCUUCCCUCUGUUCUGGAACUCGAUAAGUCAAUCAAAAGUAAUGGAGGGCGGGUCCGUGAUCUACUACUGUCUGACGGCGAAGAUGAACACAGUAAGAAAAGGAAGUUAGGGACCUGA